GUUGGCAAGUAUGCGCGUGUGUGCUACACCUGAAAAGUGUUUACAAUUUGAUUAUUAUAACCCGCGAUCAUCGACCGUGUAUACGGCUUACCGGCUCGAUCGUGAUUAUCAUGCUGUCGUACACGAUAUGAAUUUUUUUUUUCUAAAUUGCCGCGCUCGCACAAGUGCGUAAUUUUUGUACUUGGACUCGGCGAUUCGUGACAUUCUAUACUUCGCAGCAGAAAUAUAUCGCAAAAGUGCGCAUGACUCGAGUCGUCGAACGGCCCUAGACGACGGAUUUUGCGUACUAUUAACGUCGUCGGGCGGUCAGCUGUUAUUCUGCUAUACUGCGCGUGUGUAUAUAUACACAUAGAUAGAAUCAUAUGUAGCUGUGCAGAAAAUCGACGGAGUGCGAGAAGUUUCGUGCGCGGUGUUGUAUAUAGCAGUGCAAUUGCAUCUCUAUCGCGAAACCACGUCGAUCGAUAAAGACUUCGGCGAGACAGCCUUAAUAACUUGAUCGUCUCUGUCUCUGUGUGUGGGUGUGCGCGAGUGAGUGUCUAUCAACGUUGCCAGUGACUGUGCCGGUAGAUACUCGAUAUAAACUCGUGCGAAAAAUAAAAAAUACAGAGAAGAGAACAUGUCGCGCUGCAUCAGGAGCAGCAGCCGCUUCGUACCCGGCAUCAUAGUGGCCAGCAGCACCGGAUGCGCCGCUAUGACUGUCAGGUGCCUCGGCAGCCGGCAUCUGUCCGGUCAACACGCCUCCUCGGCAUUUCUCAAUCAGUUCCUGAGCCCUAAUUCAUCAUUCGUGACACCAUUGAAGACCAGAGAGGAGCACUAUCAUCAGUUGCAGCAUGCCACACGCUUACCAGAAAGUUUGAGCUUGCAGCAACAGCAGCAGCAAAGCUUCGUCAAGAGUCACAGUGAUAAAAUUGACUGCGACGCUAGUGUGCUAAGAGGUGAUAAAGUUACAUUCUUAACGAGCUGUGAAAAUUAUCAGUCAAUGCCUCAAGGACUGAGACAAGGUUUAACUUGUGAGCGGUUGAAAUCUUCGCAAGAUGCUACUGUUACGACCAAGAAAACCAGUCGACAGGACUUGAAUUGGAAUAUUAUUACUCACAGAGCAACUUUUUUUGUAGCCAAUAAGUUCAGCGAUACAGGCAGUGUUUGUUUUGCUUCGCCUGCCAAGAAUACUGUGGACUUGUCUGGACAACAAUUAUGCAAAUUACAAACCAAGGAAGAGAAACGAAAUGAAUCAAAUGAAAAUCAUAAUAAAAAUCUGGAUCACAUAUAUCAAACAUUGAGCGUGGAUUUACCAAAUUUUUUCACCAAGUCGAUUGAUUAUAAAAUCUAUGAUCCUCAUGUAGAACUUGUAAAUAAUAUCAAAGGCACCUCUACAAAAGGAUUACCUGAAUAUGUUAAGCAAGCUGCGAUGUUAAGAAUUCUUGGUCAUUUAAAGUUUGCUUUUGUACGCCUAGAAGUUCUAAGAAUUACUAUGCAUACUCAGGAUAAUACUGUUAAAGUACGUUGGCGUAUUGUUGGAUUGACGGGAUUAAAUGUGGUAACUCGAUUUUGGAAGUUCAAAGUUUGGAAAAUAAGAGAAUCUGUCAAAGAUAUUGAAAGCUGGCACGAUGGAUUCUCCACCUUUUAUAUGAAUGAUAAGGGGCUAGUAUAUAAACAUGUCAUAGAUAAAGUAAUACCCGAUGAAGACACACAAAAGGCUAAGCCAAAAGAAGGCUUACCAACAACGAAACUGGCCCCUGGACUUACAUUUUCAGCUCUUGAGAAUAGUAGUUAGAUUUUAAAUAUUGUAUAAUAAUUUAAAAUUCUCAUCUAAUAGCUAGAAAUUGUUAUUCUAAAUAAAAGUAGCAAUCAUUUUUUACUUCUUUUUUUUUUGAAAUGGCAUGUAUGUGUAAGAUGAUUAAAAAUGCUUAUUUAUAUAUAAUAUAAAAAAAGUGUGAACAAACUUAUGGAAACAGAAUCAAAGAUCCACAGUUUGACUUGUAAAAUAAUUAUUGUACAUUAUCUAAUGUAUUAUUGAACUGCAAGUUUAAGUAAAACCCUUCAAAUUUCAAUCAUAGUAUCAUUGUUACAGUCGAUCUAUUAUAUCUGAAAAUUAUUGUUAGCUGUAAAUAAUACAGAAAAAGUA